AUGCUCCGCCCACAGGAAUCCCAGAAUUCCUCUGUGAAAACAGGAAGAGUGCUUGUUUUAGUUAGCUCAUGUGUUAAUAUCGGACAACUAUCUUUUCACACCUGCAAGAAGUACAAUCCCCGUAUAAGUAUGUCUUUUAAAAGGGAGGGUGAUGAUCAAAGCCAACUAAAUGUACUUAAGAAACGACGCGUUGCAGAUCUACUCUCAAACUUUAUCCCGGAUGAUGAAGCUGCUUUGAUGAAAAAUGGAAGAUACACGUGCCUUGUGUGUUCUCAUCGUCCUGUGCUGGACACUGUUGAUAUGCUCAUGGUACACAGAAAGGGAAAGCGGCAUCUUGAAGGAAUGAAAUGGUUUUACGGCAAGAAGAAUAAAAUGCAACGUGAAAUUGAAAAAAGACGACAUCAAGACUAUGUCAGCGCAGACAGUGAUCGGCAGGAACCUUCUAGUUCAGCUCCUUUACUGACCCAAACACGAAAAAUUACCCAUCAUGCCCUACUCCGAUCUACUCCAUACAGUAGCUGUCACAAGAAGGCCAGUGAACGACCUGAUUCUGAAUCCCCAAGAUGUGGUCAAGAGUACAGAAAUGAUCAAGGCAGGAAUUUCACCUCAACAACUAACCAGAACCCUACUUCUGUAAAGACAGCACAUGCUGACACCUUGUCAACCAUAUGCACAACGGUGUCAUCGAUAGAGCAUCAGGGCCAGAAUGAAGAGAAAAGGAAGGUAAAGAGAAACAAGCGAUCCAACGCUGUAAACUCCAGCGAGUGUGAGACUCUAUCAGAGCAAAGACAAAAGGAGCUAGAGCACUACCUCAAAUUAAAAAGUUCUGGGUGGAUGCAGGACAGAAGUGGUAAAUGGGUAAAAGAUGAAAAUGUGGAGUUUGACUCCGAUGAAGAAGAACCAGCUGUGUUACCUCCCUGCAAUGACUCUUAAUGGCAGAUUCUGCUAAAACAGCUUAAUGUCAAGACUGAAGAUCCAUACCAUUUAGCAACUGCCAAAUAUGCUGCGGGCUACAUUUCAUCUGAACUAUGUGCAGGAUGAUGAUCAUAUCUUGAUGGUCAUAGCUCUCAUAUGACAUCUUUUAUGUCCAAGCCUCUAUGACCUACUUUAUGGACAAUAUAUACUUUUUUUUUUAAGAAAAGUUUCUCCUCUGCAUUUUGCUGUUUUUAUUAGUACUGUGUACUUAUGGCCUAUAAAUAUUUUUCAUCAAAUAGA